ACUAUCGAAAAAAGACAAUUUACUAUCAAUUUAUUGAUUUUGUAAGGUUUUUCCCUCUUAAGUUGUACAGAAGACAUUUUCUCUCUAGUUUCGCUUGAUUCUCUUGAACAAGCCAAGAGCUACUCUGGUUUUCAUGCGCUUCCCCUAUUCUUCUGGGGAGAAAAGGUCGACAUUUUUUGUCUCAACCUUGUGGCCUGCGCUCUCUAUUAUUGGGUUUGAGAGUAAAUGGGUUUCUGUUUAUUGUUUUUCUACAGAUUUAGAGUUCAAAUGAGAGAGUUUUCCUUAGAUUUGUAGUGUUUAUGGCUUGAUGGAGCAGCAUCACUAAUGGAAGUUAGUGGCCUUUGUCUUCUUGGAGAGUCCAUGCAUGUUUGGAGAAGGAUAACUCGUAGUUCGAUGAGCUUAUCUUAAAUGCUAAUUGUAGGCCCCUCUCCUCUUAGGCUAAAAGAGACCCGAAAGGCCAUCAGUUUUGCCCUAUCGUCUCUUGCGGCGUCGUUGAUGGUGGUUUGUUAUUAUUGAGGUCCAACGUUUGGCUAGGUUGAUAUCAAAAGUGGAGACUUUCAGUGAGUAGUCGAUUGUCCUACGCGGCUAAGGAAGCUAUCGUGGUGUUGGCCUCCCAAAUUUACUCAAGCUCUGGCGAUUGCAACAAUAGGCAAUUUUGUAAGGGUUUUGGUGAUUUGGUUUGUGGGUUGAUUAGUUUAUGGGUUUGGUUUGUUCUUUUCUUGUAUUUGCUAGACUCGGUUUUUCUUAGUUCUGAUUGUUAGUGGACUUGAUGUAUCUUUGCCUAUCGGACCUUUAUGUUGUAAUAAAAAAAAUGGAAAAAUGCAAUAUUCGAAAAUAAUGUGAAUAUUAAAUAUUAUAUUUAAAAAAUGAAAAAUAGAAGAAAAAGGAAAAAGAAAAAAUAUUUUAUAAAUGAUAAAUUUCAACGUUAUCUUCCGUAAAGGGAAAAAAAUAAAAUCAACAAGCAUGCUUUUCAUGUCUAUGGCGAUGGUGGCGCCAAUGGCUUAAUUUCUCAAUCAACAAGCCCAAAGCACCAAAGCACCAAAGCUUUGUGAUCCAUAGCUCUCUGAAUUUUUUUUUUCCGCAUAUCAAUGCUAUUGCUAGGUAACUCAAAACCCACCAAGGCAUGAGCUUUAGCCACUUCAGCCCAAUGUCCCUUAGAGGGUCCUUCUCAAAAUCCUUUCCUUUUCACUUCCCGCGUAAGUUCAAGGCACCAUUCACUCUAAACCCCGCCCAGAUCCCCCUGAAGUGUUUCAGUAGGAAUUUAAGUGGACCCAGAUUAGCUUAUGAUGCAUUCGAUGAAGUUUCUGACCAGGGAAAUGAAGGGCAUUUUAGAGGAACUGAAUUCUUACAUUUGAUGGAUGAGCAUGGAGUUCGCGCGAAUGCUCAAACAUAUCUAUGGCUUUUGGACUUCUCUUUGAAUUCUGGGUCUUUAAUAGAAUGCAAAAAGCUUCAUGGGAAGAUUCUGAAGGCGGGUUUUGAUAGAGAAAGAGUUUUGUGCGAUAAGCUUAUUGAUUUUUAUCUUGCGGAAGGUGAUUUGGAUAGUGUAGUUCAGGUUUUUGAUGAUAUGCUUACUAGAGGUGUGAUUACUUGGAAUAAGGUAUUAUCUGGUCUUGUUGCAAAGAAAAUGAGUAGCAGGGUAUUGUCUCUCUUUUCGCAAAAGUUAGAGGAAAAUGUAAAUCCGAGUGAAGUUACAUUUGCCAGUGUUUUAAGGGCUUGUGGAGGUGGUAAUACUGCUUUUUGCUAUGUUGAGCAGAUUCAUGCUAGGAUGAUUUGUCACGGGUUCGUAAAUAAUCCUAUUGCGUGUAAUCCUUUGAUUGAUUUGUAUGCCAAAAAUGGGUUUAUAGAUUCCGCUAGAAAGGUUUUUGAUAAGUUGUGCGUCAAGGAUAGUGUUUCUUGGGUAGCUAUGAUCUCUGGUUUUUCACAGAAUGGAUAUGGAGAAGAAGCUAUUCGUCUAUUCUAUGAAAUGCAUAUAUCAGGAAUAUUCCCUACUCCCUAUGUAUUUUCUAGUGUUUUAAGUGCCUGCACCAAAGGAGAGUUGUUUGAUACUGGGGAGCAGCUUCAUGCCCUAGUUUUCAAGUUUGGAUUUUGUUUGGAGACAUAUGUGUGCAAUGCUCUCAUCACAUUGUAUUCCCGCAUAGGGAACUUCAUGUCUGCUGAACAAGUUUUCGGCAAAAUACAGAGUAAGGAUGAAGUUUCUUAUAACUCAUUAAUCUCAGGGCUUGCUCAGCAGGGAUGCAGUGAUAGGGCUUUGAAAUUGUUUAAGAAAAUGCAACUUGAUCACCUGAAACCAGACUGUGUUACAAUUGCAAGUCUCAUUAGUGCUUGUGCAUCUAUUGGAGCACUUUCUAAGGGAGAACAGCUACACUUAUAUGUGAUAAAAGCAGGAAUGUGUAUAGACAUUAUUAUUGAAGGUUCUCUGCUGGAUCUUUAUGUGAAAUGUUCCGAUAUAAAGACUGCCCAUAAAUUUUUUCUCACCACACAAACAGAAAAUGUGGUUUUAUGGAAUGUGAUGCUUGUGGCUUAUGGGCAGCUGAAUGAUUUAAGCGGGUCAGUUCAGGUAUUUAGACAAAUGCAGAUUGAAGGCUUUAUACCUAAUCAAUUUACCUACCCGAGUAUUUUGAGAACUUGCACAUCAUUUGGAGCUCUUGAUCUAGGGGAGCAAAUCCAUUCUCAAGUCAUGAAGGCUGGCUUUCAGUUUAAUGUGUAUGUCUGUAGUGUGCUUAUAGAUAUGUAUGCUAAGCAUGGAAAACUAGAUAUUGCCCGAGGGCUUCUUAGAAGACUUACUGAGGAAGAUGUUGUUUCGUGGACAGCUAUGAUUGCAGGGUACACACAACAUGAUUUAUUUGCUGAAGCUCUUAAACUGUUUGAAGAAAUGCUAAACCGAGGGAUCCAAUCAGACAACAUAGGCUUUUCAAGUGCAAUCAGUGCAUGUGCUGGUAUUCAAGCACUGAAUCAAGGACAACAAAUUCAUGCCCAAUCAUAUGUCUCUGGUUUUUCUCAAGAUCUUUCAAUUGGCAAUGCACUUGUUAGCCUUUAUGCUCGAUGUGGUAGAAUUCAAGAAGCAUACUUGGCAUUUGAAAAAAUUGAUGCCAAAGAUAGUAUAUCAUGGAAUGGAUUGAUAUCUGGAUUUGCACAAAGUGGAUACUGUGAGGAAGCACUGAAGAUCUUUGUUCGGAUGAAAAGAGCUAAUGUAGAAGCUAGUUUAUUCACAUUUGGCUCUGCAGUUAGUGCCGCUGCCAAUAUGGCCAAUAUAAAGCAAGGGAAGCAGAUCCAUUGCAUGAUUAUAAAAACAGGAUUUGAUUUGGAAAUUGAAGUUUCUAAUGCUUUAAUUACACUCUAUGCAAAGUGUGGUUGCAUUGAUGAUGCCAAAAGAGAGUUUUUUGAGAUGUCUGAGAAAAAUGAAGUUUCUUGGAAUGCUAUGAUUACGGGCUAUUCUCAACAUGGAUGUGGUAAUGAAGCAGUAAAUCUUUUUGAAGAAAUGAAACAGGUAGGUGCACUACCAAACCAUGUCACUUUUGUUGGAGUUCUAUCAGCUUGUAGCCAUGUGGGGUUGGUCAAUCAGGGUCUUGCAUACUUUGAAUCCAUGAGCAAAGAGCAUGGCUUAGUGCCUAAGCCUGAACAUUAUGCAUGUGUUGUGGAUCUUCUUAGUCGUGCUGGUCGUUUGAGCCAAGCAAAAAAAUUUAUUGAGGAGAUGCCAAUUGAACCAGAUGCAAUGGUUUGGAGAACCCUUUUAAGUGCUUGUAUAGUUCAUAAGAACACAGCAAUCGGAGAGUUUGCUGCUCUUCAUCUAAUGGAAUUGGAACCUGAAGAUUCAGCAACUUAUGUUCUUCUGUCAAAUAUGUAUGCAGUGGCUGGGAAUUGGGAUUGUAGGGACCAGACCAGGCAGAUGAUGAAAGACAAAGGUGUGAAGAAAGAGCCUGGUCGUAGUUGGAUUGAGGUUAAGAACUCAGUUCAUGCAUUUUUUGUUGGUGAUAAGCUCCAUCCCCUAGCAGAUAAAAUAUAUGAAUUCUUAGCUGACCUGAAUAAAAGGGCAGCUGAAAUUGGUUACAAGCAAGAUAGAUAUAGCCUGUUAAAUGAUGUAGAGCAGGAGCAGAAGGAUCCAGCUGUAUAUAUUCAUAGUGAGAAACUGGCUAUUGCAUUUGGACUUCUUAGUUUGUCAGAUCCAAUUCCCAUACGUGUAAUGAAGAAUCUUCGUGUCUGUAUUGAUUGCCACACAUGGAUUAAGUUUGUAUCAACGAUUUCAAAUCGGACAAUUGUGGUACGAGACGCAUACCGCUUUCAUCAUUUUGAAGGUGGAGUUUGUUCAUGUAGAGAUUAUUGGUAAGCAAAAUUGCAGGAAGAUUGUUGGAAACAAGGAUUUCAAGGGAUCUGAGAGCAUGUUAUGUUCUUGGAAGAAUCUGCAUCAGCUCGUAAAAUCACCUGCCACUUAUUAGUCACUACCAAGUCCCCUCCAAGCUGUCUGCCUUUUCAUUUGUUAAUACAAAUAUGGUGUUUCUUCCCAUAGAGAUCACAGGGAGUAUUCGACCAGACAAAAAAGAUGGCCAAGGGAAAACUGUGAAGGAAGUGUUCCAUUAGGAUGACCUGGAAUAAUCAUUGCCAUAGAUCCUCCAGGAGCAAUCUCUUCUGCUCUAGCAGCUGAGCAGAAUUGGCUUCGCCAACUUCAGUCGGUGCAUUUACAUGAUGAAUUCUGGCCCUAUUACACACAUAAGAAUGCAAGUCACUUAGCUCUUGCGGUGCCCUGAAAAGCCAUUGCAAUGCAGAAGCUGAAUAGACGAAGUUUGGGGAUGAUUUUGGACAAAAUAUGCCAUGGAAAAAGCCUGGAACUCCAGCACCAAAUUAUCCUUAGUUUGAAGGAAAAUUUGCAAAUAGGGUAUUGAAAUCAUUGGAAGUAUGAUUUUGAUUUGAUUUGAUUUACUUAUUUUGUUUAGACCAAUGUUUCCGGUCUAAAACAAGGUUCGGCAGCCAAUUUGUCUCUAACUUGGAUUAUCUCAUUCUGGAAAUUGGUUCUCGUGAGAUUUAACAAUGUCUUGAAGUACUUGGUGAACUUCUUGAUGUUGAUUCCAUAAAUGCGUGGCUGGGGUUCACUCUCCUUAUUUCUUGGGCUUUGACAAUGUAAGCUUAGCAAUCAUUCCUCUCUUUUAUCUAUCAUCUCCUAAUAUGAUUUACUGGGAGAAGAUGAAAUAAUCUCCAUUCCUUGAUAUUUAGUGGUUCCAGAAGAGCAACUCUGGUCUCUGGAGCAUGCAAGAUGUGAAGGUUGUAGAGCCCUGGGACCUUGUUAGGGGAAAAAAAAGAUUAAAAGAAAAUAAAAUUUUCCUCUCUAGUUUUGUUUGUUACUUGCUAUUCUCGCUGUGUUUGACAUGUCUAAUAAUUCUACCUUUUUCUCUUUCUAAUAACAACUCUAGAGCAUGCAAAAUGAGUCAUUAAUGCCCUUGGUUAUUGAGGAUUUUCUAUUUUCUAUCUGGUGGGUGUCCAGAGAAGGUGAUUGCAGGCCCAAAGCAACUGGGGGUUUAUUUCAGGAGACAAAAAGUAGGGAAAACAGAUGAUUCAGGAAGCUUGCAUAUGAAGGUUAUUGAAGGGGAGUUAUUUCUGUUAGAGGGAAUUAAGGAGGGAGUGACACCUGAAGAUGCUAACAGAAAAAGGGACGCUCAAAUUCCAGAAUAAAAUGGGGCAGCAGCGGAGAGGAAGGUGUACAGAAUGAACAAAGAAAGAAAAAGGGCUGUGAGCUGGAGCAAGAAUCUCUUGCAGGGCAGUGUCUCCUGGUUUAUUUUUAUUUUUUCUUGUAAUUUCAUUUUCUGUAUUGAGAAAACAGUGACAAUCAAUUGUUGAGGGAAAUCUUUGGCCUUUUAAAUGAAAUUGCAGUAAUUCAAUCAAAA